AUGUCAAAUCAGAAUAUCUCAAAAGGGCCUAGUGCGAGCGUUCCGACCCCACCACGCCAUCCAGGACCAGACUCGGAGGUGGACAUCGCUGAAGUUCGCGAUAAAAGACUACCGGCAAGCCUCGAGCUAGCGCUUGAUCUUGAUGAUGCUGAUGAUAGUGACUCCACAUCUGAGGCGGAUGUCCCCUUCGAAGAUAUAAGUGAGGAAACCUAUGCUACAGAAGACACUCAACAGGCCACUGUUAAUCCUGUGGCAGCUGAAGCUGUUGCUCCAGCGGGCUUUGUUAGUGACUUCUACGAUUUCAAUGCCUCUACUAGGAAUACUCCCGUCAAUCCGUUUCGUGAGCCAAAAAGACUAACUUUCACGUCUACGUUGCGACCAUACCCUGUAUCUGGCCGAAGGCUUUCUCUUUCCCAACAGAGCAAGCUCAUAACGUACAUCGAUGAACAAUUGCUUGCAAUCCAAAGACGUUUCAUAAAGUACUUGUCUUUGAGAGAAGAUGAUGAUGAUGAUGAUAUGGAGGAAGACGAUAACAGUGAUCUUAGUGAUCAUGACUCAGAAGUCCCGUCAAAUCGAACCUCAGACUACAGUCUAUCACAACUGUGCAAUGACCUUGACGAAGUUGUAAACGUGAUAUACUACUCCAUAUUUCACACAAAGGUGGUUCCAGUGGUGACACAUGCACAAUUGCUUGGUGGAUCCUUGAAUAAUGGAUCUGCUAUUGUUGAUAUACCCAAGGUGGAUCCGAAGCUCGCUUUCGGGCAAUCUGACUACUUGAUCAAGGUGAUGGGUGAUUUGGUCGAUUAUAUAAUCAAAUUUCGCAUUUCAGGGUUUGACGAGUUGCGAAGUUUGCUGGAGUUUCUUGCAAAGCUCGAUAAUGUGAUAUCGGUGCUGAUAUACCAGAGCUCUCCACUUGAUGGUUCUAUGGAGACUUCUGAGAGUUCUGCAGAAAGGAGUUCUGAGAAGCUGCUCAGCGACACAGACAUUGUGAGAAUGACGAGUCUUGUGAUGAGAACCAGACUAGUGCUCGUUUCCAAGUAUGACGAGAUGAAGGAAAAGAGAGAACCCGGGGCUGAGAAACGCAAACUGGACGAAGGACAUGUCAGCAGACAGUCAGAGAAUCAGAACCUGGAGAUGGACUAUCAGGAGAUCAUAGGAGAAGUCUAUGAAGGUUUUCUUUCGGCUUCGGAGUCCAAUGAAUAA